CUGGACUGUGUCCUCCUCCUCAGGGGGGAGUCUGGAGCCGGGAAAACCGUCAACACCAAGAGAGUCAUCCAGUACUUUGCUACCGUGGCCGCUCUGGGCGAGAACGUGAAAAAAGGAGGCUCUCUGGAGGACCAGAUCAUCGAGGCCAACCCGGCCAUGGAGGCCUUCGGAAACGCUAAAACCAUCCGAAACGACAACUCCUCCCGCUUUGGAAAGUUCAUAAGGAUUCACUUUGGGCCGACGGGGAAGCUGGCGUCAGCCGACAUCGAAAUCUAUCUUCUGGAAAAGUCCCGAGUGGUGUUCCAGCAGCCUGAGGAGAGGAGCUACCACAUCUACUACCAGAUUCUGUCCAGCCACAAACCCGAGCUGCAGGACAUGCUGCUGGUCUCCUCAAACCCCCACGACUACCACUUCUGCUCCCAGGGAGUGACCACGGUGCAGAGCAUGGACGAUGGGUACGAGCUGGACCUCACUGACCACGCCAUGGACACGCUGGGCUUCACCCCCGACGAGAAGUACGGCUGCUACAAGAUCGUUGGAGCCAUCAUGCACUUCGGCAACAUGAAGUUCAAGAAGAAGCAGCGAGAGGAGCAGGCGGAGGCCGACGGCACCGAGAGUGUGGACAAAGUGGCCUACCUGAUGGGCAUCAGCUCCGCCGACCUGCUGAAGGGCCUGCUCCACCCCAGGGUCAAAGUGGGCAACGAGUACAUCGUGAAAGGCCAGACCGUGGAGCAGGUUAACUCUGCAGUGGCAGCCCUGGCCAAGGCCAUCUAUGACCGCAUGUUUAAGUGGCUGGUGGGUCGCAUCAACCUGUCGCUGUACACCGCGCUGCCUCGCCAGUACUUCAUCGGAGUCCUGGACAUCGCCGGCUUUGAGAUCUUUGAGUUUAACAGCUUCGAGCAGCUGUGCAUCAACUUCACCAACGAGAAGCUGCAGCAGUACUUCAACCAUCACAUGUUCGUCCUGGAGCAGGAGGAGUACAAGACUGAGGGGAUCGAAUGGACCUUCAUAGACUUCGGUUUGGACUUACAGCCCUGCAUAGACCUCAUAGAGAAGCCAAUGGGGAUUUUGUCCAUCAUGGAGGAAGAGUGCAUGUUCCCCAAGGCCACAGACAACAGUUUGAAGACCAAGCUGUACGACCACCAUCUGGGGAAGUCCCCCAACUUCCAAAGGCCGCGACCCGACAAAAAGCGCAGAUACGAGACCCACUUCGAGGUGGUUCACUACGCCGGAGUGGUGAGUAUCAGAUGA